AUGACAAAAAAUGGCUACAAACUCAAGAAAAACAGGAUUUUUGUUAAUUUUGAUCUAACCACCAAAGAACAAGAAAGAAAAUGUGAAGUUCAAGAGAAAGUCAAUGCAAAAGAAUUAAAAGAUGGCAUUUUUAAUAUUGAUGCUAAUGUAAAAACCCUACAUGAUAACCUCUCGAGUGACAAUCUUGUAAAUUUAGUUAAAAAGGAGGUAGAUGGAUUAUUCUCAAAAUUCAAUGAUAUGUUUACCAUUUUGAUGAAUGAUCUGCAACUCAUGGUUGACAACAAGGUGAAAGUGCUCCAAGACGCUGUUCAGAAUACCGUUAAAUCUACUUCAGAUGCAAACGCAGAUAAUAUUAAAACAUGUGUUACAAAUAUGUUUGAAUCCAUUAGUAAAAACGAUGUCCCAAAUCAAAGCAAAAGGUCAUAUGCUAAUAUUGCUACUGGUUCAACCUUCAUCGUAACUCCAAAGAAUUCUGAACAAGAUUCGAUCAGCACCAAAUCGGAGAUCCUCAAUAAAAUUAAUCCAGUGAAAGAAGAUUUAAAAGUUACUCAAGUAAGAAAUUUAAGCAAAGGUGGUAUUGCUAUACGAUGUGAAAACGAAAACUUCAAGCAAUUAGUUAAUACAAAAUUAGAUAAUAAGUACUCUGUGAAGGAAGUUACCCCUCUAAACCCUAGAGUUAGAAUUGUUGGUUUGUCUGAAAAGUAUGAUGAUGAAGUUUUUCUAAAUUAUCUUAAAGUUCAAAAUAAAUCAGUAGUAUCCGUGGACAGCAAAUGUGAUUUAAUAUCAAUACAAUCUCUGAGAAAUAAUAAUAAAGUUUUUCAAGCUGUUGUACAGGUUGAUAUAAAAAUAAAUAUUAUCCCGCCUGAGGUAGAUACGCAAAGGGAAGAAGAAGACGUCGAUGACAAUGAUAUGGGAAUUGUCACUUUUCCCAGAGAUGUUCCUGGAGAAGUAGAAGUCCAAUAUUCCUCAGACGAUGAUACGCUUUUACUUGAAGGUCCUGUGAGAAAAGGAGCCGCUUUGAAAGACAACGCGAUCGCUCGCCUAGCGGCUCGCGAUCUAAUUUCUUCAAAAAAAAAAACAGAGAAAAACAGAGAAAAACAGAGAAAAACAGAGAAAAACAGAGAAAAACAGAGAAAAAUAGAGAAAAACAGAGAAAAACAGAGAAAAACAGAGAAAAACAGAGAAAAACAGAGAAAAACAGAGAAAAACAGAGAAAAACAGAGAAAAACAGAGAAAAACAGAAAAAACAGAGAAAAUAGAGAAAAACAGAGAAAAACAGAAAAAAAACAGAGAAAAACAGAGAAAAACAGAGAAAAACAGAGAAAAACAGAGAAAAACAGAGAAAAACAGAGAAAAACAGAGAAAAACAGAGAAAAACAGAGAAAAACAGAGAAAAACAGAGAAAAACAGAGAAAAACAGAGAAAAACAGAGAAAAACAGAGAAAAACAGAGAAAAACAGAGAAAAACAGAGAAAAACAGAGAAAAACAGAGAAAAACAGAGAAAAACAGAGAAAAACAGAGAAAAACAGAGAAAAACAGAGAAAAACAGAGAAAAACAGAGAAAAGCAGAGAAAAGCAGAGAAAAGCAGAGAAAAGCAGAUAAAAGCAGAGAAAAACAGAGAAAAACAGAGAAAAACAGAGAAAAACAAAGAAAAACAAAGAAAAACAAAGAAAAACAAAGAAAAACAAAGAAAAACAAAGAAAAACAAAGGAAAACAGAGAAAAACAGAAAAAACAGAGAAAAACAGAAAAAAAAAAACUUAGAAAAACAGAGAAAAACAGAGAAAAACAGAGAAAAACAGAGAAAAACAGAGAAAAACAGAGAAAAACAGAGAAAAACAGAGAAAAACAGAGAAAAACAGAGAAAAACAGAGAAAAACAGAGAAAAACAGAGAAAAACAGAGAAAAACAGAGAAAAACAAAGAAAAACAGAGAAAAACAGAGAAAAACAGAAAAAAACAGAGACAAACAGAGACAAACAGAGAAAAACAGAAGAAGAAAAAAAAACAGAGAAAAACAGAGAAAAAAACAAAGAAAAAACAGAGAAAAACAGAGAAAAACAGAGAAAAAACAGAGAAAAAACGUAG